AUGGCUGCCACGUUAAAGAAAGGGGAGGAGGAGGCGGCGAGCUACUGGGGCGUGGCGCCGGCGAGGCUCGUCAAGGAGGACGGCACCGAGUGGAAGUGGUCGUGCUUCAGGCCGUGGGAUGCGUACGAGGCCGACGUGUCCAUCGUUCUGACGAAGCACCACCGGCCGGCCACGUUCGGGGACAAGGUGGCCUUGUGGACGGUCAAGGCGAUACGCUGGCCCACGGACCUCUUCUUCCAGAGGAGGUACGGUUGCCGCGCGAUGAUGCUGGAGACGGUGGCCGCAGUCCCCGGCAUGGUGGCUCGCGCGGUGCUCCACCUCCGGUCGCUCCGGCGCUUCGAGCAGAGCGGCGAGUGGAUCCGUGCACUGCUGGAGGAGGCGCAGAACGAGCGCAUGCACCUCAUGACCUUCAUGGAGGUGUCCCAGCCGCGGUGGUACGAGCGCGCGCUCGUCGUCGUCGUCCAGGGCGUCUUCUUCCACGCCUACCUCGCCACCUACCUCGCCUCCCCAAAGGUCGCGCACCGCAUGGUGGGGUACCUGGAGGAGGAGGCCGUGCACUCCUACACCGAGUUCCUCCGUGACCUCGAGGCCGGCAAGAUCGACGACGUGCCCGCGCCGGCCAUCGCCAUCGACUACUGGCGCCUCCCGGCCGGCGCGACCCUGAAAGAUGUCGUCAGGGUUGUCCGCGCCGACGAGGCGCACCACCGGGACGUCAACCACUACGCCUCUGACAUACAUUGCCAGGGGCAUGCACUGCGAGAGGUAGCUGCGCCGAUCGGCUACCACUGA